GAACGUUAUCUUAGAAAUGUGGCAGCUGACCAUCAAUUUGGCACACCUCCCUAUGUGCCGCCUAUUCAUUCAAACACAGCUUUGCCAUCUUUCAAAUUAAAAUAUUCUAACUGCCAGACUCUGAUUGUUUCUAAAGGAUUUCAUUUUCUUUCUCAUUUGGACAAUACAUGGCUGCCUUAGCAACAGCUGAAGUAUGUGAUUCCAAUGCAGCGCUUUUAGCGAGUGGCGACUUGCGUGCUUUACAACCAAUGUUCAAGAUAUACGGCCAGAGCCGAGCGUUCUCAGGCUCCAUUGUCACCCUAAAGGUGUUCGAGGACAAUGUGUUGGUGCGCGAGCUUCUUGAGACUAGAGGUGAAGGAAGAGUUCUCGUUAUCGACGGAGGUGGAAGCAUGAGAUGCGCGUUGGUGGGAGGAAAUUUGGGACAAUUGGCUCAGAAUAAGGGGUGGGCUGGUAUUGUUGUGAAUGGCUGCAUCAGAGAUGUUGACGAGAUUAACGGAUGCGAUAUCGGGGUCAGAGCGUUGGCUUCGCAUCCGGUGAAAUCGAACAAGAAAGGCGUGGGAGAGAGGAAUGUACCUGUGCAGUUCGGCGGAACAACAAUUCAGAAUGGCGAAUGGCUGUAUGCAGAUAGUGAUGGCGUUCUCAUCUCAAAAUCUGAGCUUUCUAUAUGAUUAAUAUGUGCUUGGUAUUCACCAUUUUUUUUUGUAAGUCAAAUGUACUAUGAAAGUGUACAUGUAACAUGACAAGUUCACAAAGUUUGCCUAGAAUCAUAACUAGGUUUAUCUGACAAUAAUUGUCAAACAUUGUUUAUUAAUGUUUUCACCAAAUCAUAUUAUUUUAUUUCCUUGUCCA